GUCUCUGAUUGUCUCUCAGGUGUUUCUGACAGAGUAUGGUGGUCCUCUCCUCCUCUACCUAAUGUUCUACUUCCGUGUUCCCUUCAUCUACGCCCCCAAAUAUGACUUCACCACCAGCAAGCACUGGGUCGUACAUCUAGCCUGUAUGUGUCACUCCUUCCAUUACCUGAAGAGACUCCUGGAGACCCUGUUUGUCCAUCGCUUCUCCCACGGGACCAUGCCGUUACGCAACAUCUUCAAGAACUGCACCUACUACUGGGGCUUUGCUGCCUGGAUGGCCUACUAUAUUAACCACCCUCUAUAUACACCACCUAGUGACAAUCAUGGUGAGCAGCAGUCCAGGAUUGCCCUCAUCAUCUUUCUGUUCUGUCAGGUUGGUAAUUCCUCCAUCCAUAUCGCCCUGCGGAACCUCCGCCCACCAGGAUCUAAGACCAGGAAGAUCCCCUACCCCACUAAGAACCCCUUCACCUGGAUCUUCCUGCUGGUCUCCUGUCCCAACUACACCUAUGAGCUGGGCUCGUGGUUCGGCUUCACCUUGAUGACUCAGUGUCUGCCGGUGGCUUUCUUCACGGCGGUGGGCUUCAUCCAGAUGACGGUGUGGGCCAAGGGGAAGCACCGCAGCUACCUGAAAGAGUUCCGGGACUACCCUCCCCUUCGCUCGCCCAUCCUCCCCUUCGUCCUCUAGAGAAGAAUGGAGACCCACCCAAACCUACACUACACUGGACUGACCUGGAAUGAGAACCCUGCCCCCUUGGACUACCCCCCUACCCCACCCUCCAAUUAAUAACACUUACCCCCCCCAAAAACAUUUUGAGGAGACUGUCUUAUACUAUGCUUUCCCACACAGAAGUUUCUGCCUAACAACGCUCCUCAACCCACGUGAUUGGCUAUUGUUAUUUUUCUUAUCUGAGUGUUUAAUAACCUGACUGACAGUCUGGCAUAUCUCAAAUGGUACAAUACUACAGGGCCCUCGGGUCAAAAGUAGUGCACUACAUAGGGGCUAGGGAGCCAUUUGGGAUGUGACCAGUAUCUAACAAGGUGUAGGUCUAUCUGCUCUGGGUUACUUUAGUUGUUUUUUUACUCAUGUGAAGAAGUAUAACAAUACCAAAGUCUUUGAUCAGAAAUGGGGAAAUAAACCAUGAGCUUUUGGUCGUUA